CUUCGAAACCGAAACGGAACGAUAUUCGACCAAUUGAAACAAUUAAUAAUUGACUUAUCACAAUUCAGAACAGACGUUUCCUCGCUUUUAAAGCACGCUGUUCAAUGCUAAUUUUCAGUCUCGUUUAAACCGGCAAGGCGUUACUUACUUUUAAUUUCAAAUAGUAACAGCACUUCAAUUUACACAAAGGAACAUGGAAGACCUUAGUUUUAUCCCAGAUCUCCUUAGCGGGCCCCUGGAUGUUUAUAGAAACACCGCAUCGUUUAAGUGGAAACGCCUUAAACUGUCUUUGGAAGGAGACCUCGAAUUAUUAAAACUUAAAUACAAAAUAUGGCACAUCCUAGAAAGGGAUCCGUUGUUUGCUCACAACCAAGUCACACCAUCUGUGGAAGAACAGAAGCGUAUAACUCAACUGCAACUUAAAAAAAUCAAUGAAUACAAGUUUGUUACCAAGGAAAUUUUCAAUUCUAGGUACAGCAAAAGGACUAGAGCUAUAAUGACGAUUAACGAAGCGGUGCAGUCGCUGAAUCCCAGCGUCUCAGUAAAAAUGGCCAUCGGAAUCUAUCUAUUCUCCAAUGCACUACUCUCUCUAGGCACUGAACGACAUCACAAGUUCUAUGAGGCAACCAUACUGAAUAGAGAGAUCCUGGCGAGUUUCGCACUGACGGAGAUCGCGCACGGAUCUGACGCACGACUGAUGCGUACGACUGCGACUUAUGACGCGACGCGACGAGAAUUCGUCGUGCAUACGCCCGACUUUGAGGCCGCUAAAUGCUGGGUUGGUAAUCUAGGCAGAACGUGCACACACACUCUGCUGUUCGCGCAACUGAUCAUGCCCGACGGCACCAACCAUGGACUGCACGGCUUUGUGGUGCCCAUCCGAGACCCAGACACUCUCGAGACCUACCCCGGUCUCGUGGUAGGGGACAUGGGCGAGAAGAUUGGCGUUAACGGUAUUGAUAACGGGUUCAUAAUGUUCAAUCAGUAUCGGAUACCGCGCGAGAAUCUGUUGAACAGAGCAGCAGAUGUUACCGAGGACGGACAGUACGUCAGCUCAUUUUCAGACCCUUCCAAAAUACUUGGGGCUGCGUUAGAAAAUUUAUCAGCAGGUCGUAUUGGCAUAAUGCAGGAGAGUUGUCACUCUCUGGCGAGUGCGGUGACCAUUGCUGUAAGGUACGCGGCCACACGCACACAGUUCGGUGAACAGGACAAUGAGAUACCCCUCAUCGAAUACGAUUUACAUCAAUGGCGUCUGUUCGGGUACGUAGCGGCGGCUGUCGUGUUCAGAAUAUACAUACAAAGUUUUGCACAAGUCUACCUCAAUAUUGUAGAAAAGUCGCAUAUGGGUGAAAAUGUUGACAAUUUGAGCGAGGCUGUGUCUGAGAUCCACGCGAUGGUGUCGUGCAGCAAGCCGCUGCUGACGUGGACCACGAUGGAGGCUGCACAGCAAUGCCGAGAGGCUUGCGGAGGACAUGGAUACCUCAAGUGUGCGAACUUAGGAGACAUCCGCAGCAACCACGAGCCGACAGUGACGUACGAGGGUGACAACAACGUGCUGCAGCAGCAGGCCGGCAACUGGCUCCUCAGGCAGUACUCGGCCGCGCGCGCCGGGGAACUCCUCGACUGCCCCCUCGACACCGUCACCUUCCUCCGCCACCACCACACUGUCGCCAACCUCGUCUUCACCGCCAACAACACUGCGCAACUCAAGACCACACAAUUUAUAAUGUCGACUUACAAAUGGCUUAUAUGUUACCUACUGAAGCAAACAUACGACAAAUACGAAGCUCUACUUGCUAAAGGUCUAACUAAAUUCCAAGCUAAGAAUAAAUCUCAAGUAUACAGAUGGCGGAAUUUAACCAAAGCUUACUCUGAAUAUUUAGCAUUAAUGUUCAGUCUAGAAGCCAUAGAGAAGAAAGAAGAAACAUUAAAACCAGUUCUAUAUAAACUGUUCACAUUAUAUGGUCUAUGGUCUUUGGAUAGACAUUUAGUUGAACUUUACCAAGGUGGUUAUUGUGUUGGAGAAAAACCUGCGAAGUUGUUGAGGGAAGCUGUAAUGGAGUUAUGUUCGGAUCUGAAGAGUGAGAUGGUCAGUGUGGUGGAUGCUCUCGCUCCCACUGAUUUUGUCCUGAAUUCUGUCCUGGCUAAAAGUGAUGGAAGAUUAUACCAAAAUCUGCAGAAGGCGUUGGUUGGACAUCCAGGUACUUUCGAGCGUGCGCAUUGGUGGCGUCAGGUUGUACCAUCUGCUAAACUUUAAACACUACUAAAUCUAGUGUAGACAAUCUACUAACAUUUACUAAUUAUACAGUGUUUCAAAUCAAUGUCUAAACCAGCGUUUCCCAAAGUGGGCGAUAACACCCCCUUGGGGGAGUUUGAAACCUAGGAGAGGGCGAUAAGAGG